CGUCAUCAGCAGCCGACCAAACACAGCUGAGGCGCGCGUUUAAAGAAACAUUCAAAAGGUUUUGUCAACCUUCGUGACGGGCGGUUCUGGAUAAAUGUGAACAUGAAGUAUUGAGGCGUGAAGGUGUGUGGCCGUGUGUGUGCGCUGCUGCCAUGACACAGUCAAUCGUUGUCCAGGUUGGACAGUGCGGGAACCAGGUUGGCUGCAGGUUCUGGGAUCUAGCUCUGCGAGAACAUGCUCACGUCAACAAGAUGGGAGAGUACGAUGAGGCUCUCGGUAGCUUUUUCCGGAAUGUGGACUCAAGAAAUAGAGCCUGUGGUGUCGGCGGGAGAAUCCAGCAUCUUAAGGCUAGAGCGGUGCUGGUGGACAUGGAGGAGGGUGUGGUCAAUGAGAUCCUGCAAGGCCCACUGGGAGAAGUGUUCGACAGCACUCAGCUCCUCACAGACGUGUCAGGUUCAGGCAACAACUGGGCGGUUGGACACAUGACAUACGGCUCAUGCUACAGGGAGCAGAUAGUGGAUACACUGCGAAAGGCAGCAGAGCACUGUGACUGUCUGCAGUGCUUUUUUCUCAUCCACUCUAUGGGAGGAGGUACUGGUUCGGGCUUGGGGACCAGAGUGCUGAGCCUGCUGGAAGAGGAAUUCCCAGAGGUGUGUCGAAUUGUUACCUCAGUCUAUCCAUCUGCUGAGGAUGACGUCAUCACCUCCCCUUACAACAGUGUCCUGGCCAUGAAAGAGCUGACAGAGCACGCUGACUGUGUCAUUCCAGUGGAAAACCAGUCAUUGGUUGACAUUGUGAGUAAGAUUAAACACAUGUCUGACGGUGGAAUACCGGGGCGGGUGAUCAAGAGAGACAGCACCAUCAUCUCUGGAGAGAGCGGCCUCAGCGGAGCAGAGAAGCCCUUCGAUGCCAUGAAUAACAUUGUGGCUAACCUGUUGCUCAAUAUUACCAGCUCAGCCCGUUUUGAGGGUUCUCUCAACAUGGACCUGAACGAGAUAGCCAUGAACCUGGUGCCUUUCCCUCGUUUACACUACCUGGUGCCGAGCCUCACCCCUCUGUACACGCUGGCUGACGUCAGUAUCCCCACCAGAAGACUGGAUCAAAUGUUUAGCGACGCCUUCAGUAAAGACCACCAGCUAUUCCGAUGUGAUCCGAAGCACAGCCUGUACCUGGCCUGCGCCCUCAUGGUCAGGGGGAACGUGCAGGUGUCGGACCUCCGCAGAAACAUUGAGAGAUUGAGGCCAUCGCUCCCCUUUGUCUCAUGGAACCAAGAAGGCUGGAAGACAGGCCUGUGUUCAGUGCCUCCUGUGGGUCACUCUCACGCCCUGUUAGCCUUGGCCAACAACACAUGUGUGAAGUCUAGAUUCAUGGAGCUGAGAGAGAGUUUUACCAAGCUCUACAGGAAGAAGGCUCACUUACAUCACUACCUGAAUGUAGAGGGGAUGGAGCAGAGAAGCUUCUCAGAGGCCCUCAACUCUCUCAGCUCCUUGAUUGAAGAGUACGAUCAUCUUGAUGCCACCAAGGGGAAACUCAUGCGUGACGCAGCCAGGCUCAGCAUUGCCAGAUGAAGAUCACCACAGCAGGGCUCAGAGCCUGUGUCUGGCUCCACUAGAGUAACCGAAGCUCAGAAAACAUGUCAUCUGGAUUGUUGCACUUCCUCUGGCACACGCAGGAUGUUAUCCACUGCAUCUUCCACUGUGUGUUGGAGCC